AUGAGAGAAUUUCUUUCUUUCUUUCUUUCUUUCUUUCUUUCUUUCUUUCUUUCUUUCUUUCUUUUUCUACUUAUCAUGGAAACCCGUCUAUAUUUCUCUCUCGCAGCACACCCACAGUUACAAUUUCAUCUUUUGUUUUCUGAAUUUAUUCUUGUGUAUUCGUGUCUGUGUGCGCGUGUGUAUAUGUAUAUCUAUUUGGUCUAUCUUUGUGUUUUGUCUGAUAUCUAUCUAUCUAUCUAUCUAUCUAUCUAUCUAUCUAUCUAUCUAUCUAUCUAUUUCCGUCUGCUAAUCUAUCUAUCUAUCUAUCUAUCUAUCUAUUUCCGUCUGCUAAUCUAUCUAUCUAUCUAUCUAUCUAUCUAUUUCAGUCUGCUAAUCUAUCUAUCUAUCUAUCUAUCUAAAAUAUCAACUCUCUUCACGAAUUCCAAGUCAUGGGACUCGGAACCAGACUACAAUGAGGUUUUAGUUCUUAGUUCAGAUCCCUUUGAAUUUUUCUUUCUUUCUUUCUUUCUUUCUUUCUUUCUUUCUUUCUUUCUUUCUUUCUUUCUUUCACCCAUCCCUUCCUUCCUUCCUUCUUUCUUUCUUUCUUUCUUUCUUUCUUUCUUUCUUUCUUUCUUUCUACAUAUCACUGAUUGCACAUCUGCAUUUCUCCCUAACAGAAUACACAUUGUUUUAACUUGCUCUUUUGUUUUCAGAAAUUUUCAGUAUUUAAAUAUUAAGCAGAAUAUAGAAUCUCUGUCCCUUUCGUUUUCUCUCUCUCUCUACACACAUAUUCUAUCUAUCUAUCUAUCUAUCUAUCUAUCUAUCUAUCUAUCUAUCUAUCUAUCUAUCUAUCUAUCUGUCAAACAUGCGAAGGAAAAUCCAUAUGGCCUUAACCCCAUCACUGCUUUCUUAUCUCAUCAUACAACGUAUUUCGACCCAUGCCUGCCUGCAUUUUAUUCUUUCUUUCUUUCUUUCUUUCUUUCUUUCUUUCUUUCUUUCUUUCUUUCUUUCUCUUUCCGGUCUCUAUCUUUCUAUUCAUCGUCUUCCUUCUUUGAAUUCUUUCCAACUCGGGCGAAAGUCGGGGACCAUCCAAGAGAAGAACGACAACCGUAUCUAAACAGUCGAAAGAUAUUAGGGAGCCCUGUUCCCUUAACUUGUUCCUCUCAGCAGUUCCACAGAUCACUUGCCAUCCAUUGUGCCGAACGGACUCCGACUCUUGUUCUCUCGGCUGAGCCUAAAUGCGACACUCCCCACACACAGUGUCUAUCCCCAGGGAUCAUUCUCGGUUCUUCAAUGACAAAGACCAAUCCAAAUUGUUCGCAAAGAAAUCAUUCUUUGGGAGAGAAAAGCGACAAUCCUCUAGGCGAGCAUGGGAGCCAGUUUGUGCUCGCAGCUCCCCUUGAGAGGUUCCCUUGCCUGGCUUCCAGCUGA